GAAAAGUAAAAGAAAAAGGAACAAGCGACGAAGAUAUAAUUUAAAAAUGAGAUCCUUACGAUAUUAAUGUCAAAUGUUAGAAAACUUAAAUCUAGCAACUUAAAGUUGUGUUUCCAGCUGGAUUUAAUUAUUCAUUUUUUUUUUAGUUUUUGGUUAAAGAGACGCGCGGCGGCGGCAUAGUCGACAUUAAGUCUCAAUCCUCCAGUCCUUCAUAUGAAGCCAACAACUCAAGCCGGCGGUGUUGGUGGUGGUGGCGGCGUCGCCGGUGGUGGUUAUAGCUCCGGUGCUGCAGCGGGAAAUGGAGCCGGCACGAGCUCGAGCGUGGCAGCCAAACUUCCAGAACCCAUAGACUAUGUGACUCUGAUCAGUGAUGAUUCGGAUGGCGAACCAUCGCCCAAGCGUACACCGGGAUCUUCGGGUAAACCAAAAUUCGAUGAUGAUUCUAAUGAUGCCACCACACCCAGUACCACAGCGACCAGUGAUGAGCGUCGUACGAGUCGGCGAAAUAAGCCUAAAGUCGACUAUACUAAUACGAAUAAAACAACAACGGGGAAUACAUUAAAUACGACUUCCGAAAAUACGCCCAGUGAAAAAUCAAGUUCCACUACCGCUUCCGCAUCAUCAGCCAGCACCAGCCAAAUGUCUGACAGACGAUCUCAAUCGAAUAAUCAUCAAUCGAGAAAAUCAGAGACUUCUACCACAAAUGGUGGUGGUGGCAAUAGCACCACUACUAGCACCAGCGGCAACGGCGGCACUGGCAAUGGGACAACUGGUGAAUCGGGUCGAGAUAUGGGCACACCCACCGUUUUAGCCGGCCAGGAGGGAGCAGUCUUUCAAUCACGCCUGCCUUUCAGCAAAAUGACCACCAAUGAGGAGGCAUGCUUUCCAGAUAUUAGUGGCUCUGGCAUACUAGGCCACCGUGUGUUCCUCAAUAUACGAAAUAGUCUGCUCCACAUGUGGGUGGACAAUCCGAAGGUCCAACUUACUUUUGACAAUGCUUUGAAGAAUAUUCCGCCUCCCUUUGAUAGUGAACCGAAUUUAGUACGUCGCGUCCACUCGUUUCUCGAGAGACACGGUUUCAUAAAUUUUGGAAUAUUCCGACGUCUGCAGCCAAUACCAAGCAAAAAGUUGGGCAAAGUAAUCGUAAUUGGAGCAGGCAUCUCUGGUCUAGCUGUGGCCCAGCAACUGCAGCAAUUUGGAAUGGAUGUCAUAGUGCUGGAGGCUCGAGAUCGAGUAGGUGGACGCAUUGCCACGUUUCGCAAGAAUAGCUAUAUUGCCGAUCUGGGUGCUAUGGUGGUCACGGGUGUCUACGGUAAUCCAAUGACCAUAUUAAGUAAACAAAUUGGCAUGGAUCUGGUGCCCAUACAGCAAACCUGCCCACUCUACGGUCCCGAUGGCAAACCGGUGCCCAAGGAAAAGGAUGAUGUUAUCGAGAGAGAAUUUAAUCGACUCCUAGAAUCGGCGAGCUAUUUAUCCCAUCGCCUAGACUUUAAUUAUGCCGGCAAUUGUCCAGUCUCGCUGGGCGAUGCACUGGAAUGGAUCAUAAGUAUGCAGGAGAAGCAUGCCAUGCAAAAGCGGGCCAUGCAUAUGCACGAGAUUAUAGCAGCGCAAAACAAGAUCAUUGAACACCGGAAAAAGGUGAAGGCUGUGAAGCAGACAGUAGCCACCCUUCGAUUAGAGCAUAAGGCGUUGCUCCGACAACGUGCUCCCAAAAGUGCGAUCAGCGAUGAUGUCACCUAUGCGCGGCAGGAGUACAACAUAAGAAAUACCCAACUGAAACUAGAGGAUACUCGACAACUAUUAGACGAGCUAAGACAGCAGAGUAAACAGCUAGAAUUAAAACUUUAUGAACUGGAACAAAAUGGUCCUAGUGAUGUCUACUUGUCCUCCCGCGAUCGUCUCAUUCUUGAUUGGCAUUUUGCCAAUCUGGAGUUUGCCAAUGCCACAAGAUUAAAUAAUCUAUCACUUAAACACUGGGACCAAGAUGAUGAUUUCGAAUUCAUUGGCCAUCAUACAACAGUGCGAAAUGGUUAUUCGUGUGUACCUGUUGCGUUAACCGAAAAUCUUGACAUACGUGUGAAUAGUGCAGUAAAAGAGAUCAAAUACGGAAGCCAGGGCGUUGAGAUAGUGGCGGAAAACCUUAAGACCUCCAAUUCACAGAUGACAUAUAAAGCCGAUUUGGUUGUAUGUACUCUAACGCUGGGCGUCCUUAAAGUGGCAGUGGCCCACGAAGAAUCUCAGCAGGGGAAUACAGUGAAAUUUGAUCCACCAUUGCCUGAUUGGAAACAGCAGGCAAUUCGACGUCUGGGUUUUGGUAAUCUCAACAAGGUUGUACUCUGUUUCGAUCGCAUUUUCUGGGAUCCAAAUGCCAAUCUAUUUGGUCAUGUGGGAAGCACGACGGCUAGUCGGGGAGAAUUGUUUCUUUUUUGGAGUAUAAGCUCAACGCCCGUGCUUCUGGCCUUAGUAGCGGGCAUGGCUGCCAAUAUAGUAGAGAGUGUAACGGAUGACAUCAUAAUUGGACGCUGUAUGUCUGUAUUGAAGAACAUUUAUGGUAAUAAUUCGGUGCCACAGCCCAAGGAAACGGUAGUAACACGAUGGCGCAGCGAUCCCUGGGCUCGAGGAUCGUAUAGUUAUGUUUCAGUUGGAUCAUCGGGCAGUGAUUAUGAUCUAUUGGCAGCUCCAGUCAUUCCUAAUGUUGAUCAUCCACAUCCCAGCAAGGAUUCGGAAGGAUUGCCACGCCUAUUCUUUGCAGGAGAGCACACUAUACGCAAUUAUCCGGCCACUGUACAUGGGGCCUAUUUGAGUGGUCUUCGGGAAGCUGGUCGCAUAGCUGAUUAUUAUUUAGGUUAUCCGGAGGGUACACCUUCCGAUAUUGGUUAUUCGGUGGUGGAGGCCGCCAAUUCUGUCUCUGUUGGCAAUGUGGUUAAAUUACGUGACCUCUCGCCCAAUCUCUCCGACUCCACGUCCUCAAAGAAAUCAGAGGAGAACUCCAAUUCAAACACUGCCGACUCUGUGGAGCUUCAAUAAAUACAAAUCGCCCAAAAAAGUAAAGUUUUCAUACUUAGGAUCAAUUAUAAAAGCCAUCUCUGUAGUAAGUUAAGCAUUUCAGGUUUUUGUAAAAAGAGGAUUAAGCUAAAACUCUAGAAUUAAUCAAAACAAACCAUACACUAUUAUUAUAGAUAGUAAUUUACACAAACAAAUAAUGAAUUGUAUAUAUAAAACGUU